CAAGCCCCUUUCUUGCUUUUAGAUUCUCUCAUCUGAUUUGAAAAAUUUCAGAUACCCAACUACCCGAUCUGCGAAUAUCGAAAGAAGAUUGAUUGAUUGAUUGAUUAUAUGGCAAUGGGUUCCAGCCCUCGUACCGUUGAAGCCAUUUUCAAAGAUUACACCGCUCGUCGUGCCGCCAUACUUCGUGCUUUGACAUACGAUGUUGAUGAAUUCUAUGGAAUUUGUGACCCAGAAAAAGAGAAUUUGUGUCUUUAUGGGCAUCCUAAUGAAAGUUGGGAAGUGAGUCUGCCAGCAGAAGAAGUUCCACCAGAGCUUCCUGAGCCUGCUCUUGGAAUCAACUUUGCGAGAGACGGUAUGAACCGCAAAGAUUGGCUCUCACUCGUUGCGGUCCAUAGUGACUGUUGGCUGCUCUCUGUGGCUUUCUAUCUUGGAGCCCGGCUUAACCAUAAUGAAAGGAAACGUCUGUUUAGCAUGAUUAACGAGAUGCCAACCGUCUUUGAAGUUGUAGCAGAACGGAAACCCUUAAACGAGAAGCCUAGUGCAGCAGAGAGUGGAAGCAAAGCAAAAGGCAGCACAAAGAGAUCAAGCGAUGGGCAGGUGAAAAGCAUCCAAAAGCCAGCAGCAGAUGAGAGCUCCGAGGAUGAAGAAGAUGAACAUGGUGACACACAAUGCGGCAGCUGUGGCGGAAACUACAAUGCCGAUGAGUUCUGGAUCGGCUGUGACAUUUGUGAAAGAUGGUAUCAUGGCAAAUGCGUAAGAAUCACCCCAGCUAAGGCCGAAAGCAUAAAGCAUUAUAAAUGCCCGUCUUGCAGCAUGAAACGGGGCAGGCCAUAAUACUAAAAAAAAAAAAAACUUAAAAGAAACGAUUUUAAUGACCAGAUACAAACUACAGUGGCCGUGUUACCAUUUAAAAAGUCCCCUGUAAUGUAUUCUUUUCGUUGCCGACUGCUGUUAACAGAUUCCCGAAAUGCACACCUCUCAGCUUCUUGAAUUCUUGUUCUUUUAUCUUUAUGCUAUUUAUAUGCAUGCAUGCACACAUAUAUAUGAGAAUAUAUUCAUUUAUUU